ACCACACAAACCAACAUACUGCUACAUCGUUAAGAAGAUCUGUAGUGAGUACAUUAUUAUUAGGUGUAGUAGUAGAGACACGCACCAACCACAAACCAACCACGAAACCAUUGGAUAAAGGACAGAGAAACACCACCACCACCACCGGCAGCAGAAGCGCGCCGGACAUGGUGUUCGACACGGGCGCCGGCACGUCGCCGGCGGCGGCGCCGAAGGGCCGGCUGAGCGUUGUCUUCACGGCGCCGUUCGCCCGGCAGGUGGCGGUGGGGCGGUGGUUCACGGUGUUCGCCAGCUUCGCCAUUCUGACGGCGUCGGGGGCGACCUACAUCUUCAGCAUCUACUCCAAGACGCUCAAGUCGGCGCUGGGGUACGACCAGCAGACGCUGAACACCAUCUCCUUCUUCAAGGACCUGGGCGCCAACCUCGGCGUCUUCUCGGGCCUCAUCAACGAGGUCACGCCGCCCUGGGUCGUGCUCGCCAUCGGCGCCGCCAUGAACCUCGUCGGCUACCUCAUGGUCUACCUCGCCGUCGACGGACGCACGGCCCGGCCGCCGGUGUGGCUCGUCUGCCUCUACAUCUUCGUCGGCGCCAACUCGCAGUCCUUCGCCAACACCGGCGCGCUCGUCACCUGCGUCAAGAACUUCCCGGAGAGCCGCGGGGUGGUGCUCGGGAUCCUCAAGGGCUUCGUGGGGCUCAGCGGCGCCGUGUACACGCAGCUGUACCUGGCCUUCUACGGCGACGACGCCAAGUCGCUGAUCCUCCUCAUCGCGUGGCUGCCGGCGGCGAUCUCCGUGGUGUUCGUGCACACCAUCCGGAUCAUGCCGUACCCGCGCCGACGCGGCGGGCAGGAGACCAGCGUGGACCCCUUCUUCUGCUUCCUCUACAUCUCCAUCGGCCUCGCCUGCUACCUGCUCGUCAUGAUCGUCGUGCAGAAGCAGUUCGCCUUCUCGCACGCCGCGUACGCCAUCGCGGCCACGGCGCUGCUCAUCGUGCUCUUCCUCCCGCUCUGCGUCGUCAUCAAGCAGGAGUACAAGAUCCACCGCGAGCGCGAGAUCGACGCCGCCAACGAGCCGCCGCCAACCAUCACGGUGGCCGAUGCACACGGCCUCCAAAUGUCCACCAACAGCAAAGCAGAUGAGCAGCAGGAGCAGGCGCCGCCGCCGUCGUCUUCUUCCUCGUGUAUGGGUUCGUUCGGCGGGUGCGUGAAGACCAUGUUCCGUCCGCCGGCUCGAGGUGAGGACUACACGAUCCUGCAGGCGCUGGUGAGCGUGGACAUGCUGGUGCUGUUCGUGGCGACCAUCUGCGGCGUGGGCGGCACGCUGACUGCGAUCGACAACAUGGGGCAGAUCGGGCAGUCCCUGGGUUACCCUGCCAAGAGCAUCAACACCUUCGUGUCCCUCAUCAGCAUCUGGAACUACGCCGGCCGCGUCACCUCGGGCUUCGCCUCGGAGGCCCUGCUGGAGCGGUACCGGUUCCCGCGCACGCUGAUGCUGACGGUGGUGCUCCUGCUGGCGUGCGCGGGGCACGUGCUGAUCGCGCUUGGCGUCCCGCAGUCGCUGUACGCGGCGUCGGUGAUCAUCGGGUUCUGCUUCGGCGCGCAGUGGCCGCUGGUGUUCGCCAUCAUCUCGGAGGUGUUCGGGCUCAAGUACUACUCCACGCUCUACAACUUCGGCGGCAUGGCCAGCCCCGUGGGCGCCUACAUCCUCAACGUGCUGGUGGCCGGGAGGCUCUACGACGCUGAGGCGGACAAGCAGCCGGGCGGCGGGUUCGCGGCGGGGAGCGGACGCGACAAGGUGUGCCUCGGGGUGGAGUGCUUCAAGCGCUCGUUCCUCAUCAUCACGGCGGCCACGGCGUUCGGCGCCGUGGUGUCGCUGGUGCUGGUGUGGAGGACGUGGAGCUUCUACAAGGGCGACAUCUACGCCAGGUUCCGCGACGGCGCCGGCGACGGACGCCUGCCAGUCGACCAGCGGCGGACGCCGGAGAAGGAGGACUCAGCGCCGGCCGAUGGCACGAACGCAAAGGGAAGCGAGGCGAGGUGAGAAACUUUGGAGGCUUGACCUGGUCAACUCUGAAGCAGCCACCUAACAUCAGAUGACGACUGCGCAUGACCCCUACGCUUGCGUUCACACCGCUCCGGAUGAUGCGGAAGCUGUAUACGUAUUUUUAGCGUUUUGUGUAUGUAAUUCUGGUCUUGAGCGACGACUGUAGGGCGACGUGAGUCGUGACGGCUGACGUGGCGCUAAUUAAAGGAGUAGAGAAGGACGCCGGAACACGGCGGUGGGUAGGGGGGUUGGGAUGCCAGCCAGUCGCUGACACUGGUCCAUGUUUGUCGCGUAGCACUGCACAGAGACUGGAACGAACGCGUCAACAUAAAGUGAGUUCAUCCUUC